ACGAACGCUUGGUCUGAAAACUCUUUUCUAUAGAAGGUUUAUGGCAGAUGUUUUUAUGGCUUUCAAGGUUCUGCGAGGUGAGGUUUGGAAGGUGCAAUAUCUCCCUGCAACGCAACAACUUCUUUUACCGGGCAGCUUCGAUCUUGAAUAAGCUUCCACCCCAGUUCUUGGCUUUGACUUCUUCGAUUCAGUUGAAAACAGCCUUGAAAAAAGUAGAUGUUCUGCAAUUAAUGGGAGUUGAUGAUGUAAAGUAACUUGUUUUCUGACAUCCAACUCAUCCUUUCUUUGGCAUGGUCAGCUGCUUAUUAACGUAGCAACGCCUCUCUUCUUAGCUUGCAUGUAUAUUCGGCUUGGAUUGGUCUGGUAAUUUUGGUGGCUCUCAAAAUUCUACUGUUUCAUUUUCUGGGGUUAAACCAGCUAG